CCAGACUGGAGACCAGCUGACCACAGGAGGGUCUGAACUGAAUCGUGGAAGACUUGAGUCCAGCGUGCACCUGGGGGGAGCAGGAGAGGUGGGGGAUGUGCUGCCCCCCACCAUGGCUGCAGGGCCAGUGCAGGUCCUGUGUGUGGUCAGCACAAUGGGCACUUUCAAGCAAACUUGGGGAGCUCGCAUAGCCUCCGCUUUCCUGCCAGGAGAAGGUGCCCACAGUACUCCUUGGUCAGCACAAGGACAAGGAUAAAGGACCCCAGCCCUGCUUCUCAGGGUGCUCUGAGGCACUGCAUGCCCCACUCUGGCCCUGCUGAGUCAGCACUGCAUUUGUGUGAGAUGCUGGGAGUCGGGGGUGCGCCCUGAGCUCUGGGAGCACAUGCACAGCCUGACAUCCGUCCCCAGAGGAGCAAGCCCACUGCCAGAUCCCUUUCUUUGUUUCCUCCUGGCCUCCGUGGGUCGCCUUUCUGCAAAGGCUCAGGACGCACACUUCCUCCCUCCCCCAACGCUGGCCGUCCCACCCCGCACUGGCACUCUCUGGGCCCGCUAGGGACAGCUCCUUGGCCCUGGCUCUGCCUUCACUCUUCUGUUCCCCCUCACAUUCCUUGCUGCAAUCUGGCCAAGACGGCUUCUUUUCCCAUCCCUCACCUGUCCACUACACGUCGGAGAUUUCACUGGGAAAGGACUUCACAUUCCUGGGGGCCUGUCUUCCCCUUGCCAUCCCUCCUGACCCUUCACUAGCCAGAAGCCGUGAGCGUCAAACCUCUGAUGUCUCUUCAGCCUCAGCCUCGUAAGUGCGGUCUUGCGUGAUGGCUCCUUCUUACUUCCCACUGGCCUCUGACCACUUCCACACGAGCUGGGCCCUCCUCCCUUCCCACCUUGCCUGACCGCGGGAGCUUGAGUUCACCUUUCCUCUCUGAAGCUAACGAGCCAGCCUUGUCUGUUGGAUAGAGGCUGCAGCAGAGAGGGCAGAGGCCCAGCAGGCCGGCUGGGCAUUCGUGGGUGCCCGUCAGUUCCCUUGCCCCUGAGUGCCGGGGUGACAUCUGCGUGCCCACGUGUCUGUGUGUGGGAGCACUGUAGGAGAGGACCUCCAAACCUGGGAUACAUGCUGCUUUAUAGCAAGCAGAAGGCGAGCCUGCUCUUCAGUCCUGGGGGAGAUGGUUUCUCACCCCUCUAGGAUGCUCUCAGCAAAAGACCGUCAGAAAUGAACCAAGUCCGGAAGGGGUCCCUCUGUCUCCAUGGAUUAUACUCCUGAGCCCAACGCGACGACAGUGACGGAGGACUACUAUCCAGACCUCUUACCAACCCCCUGUGAAGAGGGACUCAGCACCAGGAACAGCAAGUGGCUGCUCGUCACUAUUUACUGCCUCGUGUUUGUCUUCGGUCUUUUGGGAAACAGCCUGGUCAUCUUGGUCCUCGUGGUCUGCAAGAAGCUGAGGAGCAUCACAGACAUCUACCUGCUGAACCUGGCCUUGUCUGACCUGCUUUUUGUCUUCUCCUUGCCCUUCCAAGCCUACUACCAGCAGGACCAGUGGGUAUUUGGGACCGUAAUGUGCAAAGUGGUCUCUGGCCUUUAUUACAUUGGCUUCUUCAGCAACAUGUUCUUUAUCACCCUCAUGAGCUUGGACAGGUAUCUAGCUAUUGUCCACGCUGUGUACUCUGUGAAGGUGAGGACAACCAGGAUGGGCACGGGCCUGAGCCUGGCAGUGUGGCUGGCCACUCUUCUGGCCACCAGCCCAUUGUUAGUGUUUUACCAGGUGGCCUCUGAAGACGGUUUCCUAAAGUGUUAUUCAUUUUACAAUCAUGAGGCUUGGAAGUGGAAGAUCUUCACCCACUUUGAAAUUAACAUCGUGGGCCUGCUGGUUCCAUGCACCAUCUUUCUGUUCUGCUACGUCAGGAUCCUGCGCCAGCUGCAGAAUUGCCAGAACCAACAGAAGACCAGAGCCAUCAUGCUGGUGCUCAUCGUGGUGGUGGCGUCUUUGGUCUUCUGGGUCCCGUUCAAUGUGGUCCUCUUCCUCACCUCCCUACACAGCCUGCACAUUUUGGAUGGGUGCAGCACAAGCCAGGGGCUGACAUCGGCCACCCACAUCACGCAGACCAUUUCCUUCGUGCACUGCUGCAUGAACCCUGUUAUCUACGCUUUUGUGGGCGAGAAGUUCAAGAAACACCUCUCGGAACUAUUUCAGAAAUGUUUCCACCACAUAUUUCUCUACAUAGGAAGACAGAUUCCCAGAGAGAGCUGGGAAAAGUCCUCCUCCUCGCACCAGCGCUCCUCCCAUUCCUCCACUGUGGACUGCAUCUUGUGAGGAGGCUGUUUCUCCUGGUGCUUCUGUAAGAUACACAUGACUUUGUUGGAGUCUGGCUAGAGGAAAACGAACUCUCAGCAUUUUAGUGACAGAUGCAAGGCAUGAUUUAUGAUACGUAAUGGAUUCCUAUUACAAAUUAAUCUCAAUUUUCAAAAAGAAUGUUAUUAUAUACUCUGUAUAUUUCACAGUUAAGUAUAAUGGUAGCAGUAGGGUAUUUUUAAAACAUAAUCUUAGCAGCAGAUUAAAGAUGUUACCUUCUAUUCUUAAUUUUCCAUGUGUUUUUAUCACACAUGAAUUUAAAGUUUAUCAAAUUUUUAUUGCCCAUUAAAAUAAAUCAUAAGGUUUUCUCCCAUUACUCUGUUAACUUGAUGAACUACAGUGAAUGGCUUUUCAAUCUAUAUUUUCCUAGAAAAAACAUGACCUUUUGGUCUUGGGAUUUUUGUGUUUAUGUUCAUUAGAGAUACUGUCCUGUAAUUUUCCUUUAUUAUAAUGUCCUUCUAGGACAUUUUGUUCUUCUAAAAAUGAUUAGAAAAGUCUUCUGUUUUUCUGUAUUCUCUGUUUGUGUAAAAUAUUUGGCAUUAUUUCCUCUUGGAAUGUUCAUUACUGAAACUUCAGGAAUGGGGCUUCUCUGCAGGAAGAGUUCAAAUUAUGCAUUAAAUUUGACAGAGACUUACCCAGAGACUGGUUUUUAAUUUCAACACUGAGACUGUUAACCUCAGUUUUGAGCAUGAUGUCACUCACAGUUUCUUCUUAUAGUUUUUUAAAUGUAUGAGGCUCUCAAGUAAUACCUUUUCUGUCUCGAUACUGACAAUGUGAGUUUUCUUCUGACCCUCCUGGGCUUAGCUGUUUCUUUUGACUAUGUUAAUUUCCUGACUUUAUCUGUUCAUUUCUUUUUUAUGCUCUUUAGCCUACCUGCUUUCUGUGGACUUAAUUAACUAAGAUAGUUUUACAGUAACUGCACCCCCUUUUAUUUUGUAUGUAUGUGUGAUGUAUAAUAAACACGCUCCUCACGGGGAGCUGGUCUACGCACACAAGACAUCUUAAUCUUCCUUACAUCUGUUUUCCCUUCUCUUUUUCUCAUUCCCUCUCUCCCCCUAGACACUGGUUUAAAUGUAUAUUUUACCCUUCCCCCCCCCCCCACAAAUACGAUCACUAAGUUACUAAGUUGCCCAGGCUGGGUUUGAACUUUUGAUCCUCCUGUCUCAUCCUUCCAGAAUGCUGGAAUUACAGAUGUGUGUAACUAUGCCUGGAUUUCUACAUUUUAAUGUAAUACAUUUUCAUUAUUUUUUUACUGUAAUAUCUAUUUUCCAUUGGGUUUUCGGCCUUGAAGCUUGAGUUUUUUAGGUAUUAAUUUUAAAUUUUGAAACAUGAGGUCUGCUCUUCUUAGAGAACACACAUGUGUGCUUUCAGUUCUUUAAAACUGAUUGAGAAUUAUUUUACAAUGCUGGCUGUGGUUUGUUCACUAGGUGCUCCAUGCACACUUGAAAAUUAUGAGUGUAUUCUACAGUUGUUGACUAUAGCUGAUUCAUCAAAGUGUUAAAGACUUGUACGUUUUUGGUGACUUUUGCUAUUUGUUUAUUUUGUGUAUUACUAAGAGGUACAUUGAAAACUGUCCCUUUAAUUGUGGCUUGUCAAUUUUUCAUUUUAAUUCUGUUUAUUUUGCUCAGUAUGUAUUUUGAAUCUAUUAGAUGAAGGAAAAUAUAGAUUACACUUUUUAUUGAA